AUGGGAAGAAAAAAUAGAGACUUAUCAUAUUUGAAACCCUUUUGUUUUUACUGUGAUAAAACAUUUAAAAAUGAAGUGUACUUGCAUUAGCAUUAAAAAGCUAAGCAUUUUACAUGCUAGAGAUGCUUCAAGAAGUUUUCAUCAUGUGAUUCAUUAAAAAAUCAUGUUGAAUCCGCUCAUCAUGAAGUUUUGACCAAAAUUCCCAAUGCCACUGGUGAUAGGAGCGAUAUUAAAAAUAAAAUAUUUGGAAUGCAAGGAGUACCAAGAGUAGAAAUUGAGAAGAGAAUAAGAAAAGGAGCUGAAGAAUAUUGGACCAAAAUAUUAAGUGCUCAAUAUUAGCAAAGAAGAAAAGAGAAUAAAUAAAGAAUGAAGUAGAAUAGGGAAAUAAGUAAAAAAGAAAACUAACAAGAUGUUAAAAUAGAUAAUGAAAAAGAAGAAAUUGAGUAGCAUGAAUAUAAUCCAGAAGCUAAACCCAUCAGUUUUGAUCUAGAUUAUGAGUAAUUGCAAAAACAAUGAUAUAUUAUAUACCUCAUCCAGAAUAUCAUACUCAAUCUAUAA